AACUGUCAGCUGCAGACAAACCUGUGAUAGCCGUUUCUUUUAUAACAAUCUUAGGUGUUCUUUUUUCCAACAUUCUGAUUAAGCCUCUUUUUGGAAUCUUAAAGGAGAAGAGACUUUUUUAUAUAUAUAUAUCUUUUUUUGGUCUCCAAAAAAAAAAAAAAAAGAACUUUGUUUUGCCUUUCACAACUCCUGCACCGGUGCGCCUGACAAGAGCCUUGAAGAUGUUCCUGAUGCAGGCGCUGCUCGUGUCCCUGUGCCUGGGGCUUUCGCAGGGCUUGGGUUCCUUUGUGCAUUGUGAACCUUGUGACGAGAAAGCCCUCUCCAUGUGCCCUCCCAGCCCUGUGGGCUGUGAGCUGGUGAAGGAGCCCGGUUGUGGAUGCUGCAUGACAUGCGCCCUGGCUGAAGGGCAGUCCUGUGGGGUGUACACAGAGCGAUGCGCCCAAGGCUUGCGCUGCCUGCCGCGUCAAGGCGAGGAGAAGCCUUUGCACGCCCUGCUCCAUGGCAGAGGGGUCUGCCUCAAUGAAAAGAGCUACCGAGAGCAAGCUAAGAAUGAAAGGGAAUCCCGGGAGCAUGAAGAACCAACCACUUCUGAGAUGGCUGAGGAAACCUAUUCAUCCAAAAUGUACAGAAACAAGGGGCUCGGGCGCUACUCUGAGCUAAAGGUAGAGGCAUUGAAGAAAGACCGCAAGAAGAAAUUGACCUUAUCUAAGAUUGUGGGUGGGGCAGAAAAUACUGCACACCCUCGAGUUGCUGCUCCGGAGCUAAGACCAGAAUUCGAAUUGGGCCCUUGCCGUCGGCAAAUGGAGGCGUCAUUACAGGAGCUCAAAUCUAGCCAGCGAAUGAUUCCUCGAGCUGUUCAUCUUCCCAACUGUGACAGGAAAGGUUUCUAUAAAAGGAAACAGUGCAAACCAUCUCGGGGCCGAAAACGUGGCCUGUGUUGGUGUGUGGACAAGUAUGGAUUGAAGCUGCCAGGAACUGAUUAUGUAGCUGGAGACCUGCAGUGUCACAACUUUGACAGCGGAAACACAGAAUGAAGAUCCCGGUUGCCUCUCUCUGCCAGAGCCCUUCCCCCACCCAUCACCCACCCACACCUCACGAUGCCCCAAAAGACUGAUUCCUUUCAUCUCAUUUAAGGAACUGUGGACCUCGGAAUCUACAGCAUAUGUCAUCAGCUUCUCUCAGUGGCCAUGACAGAGACUGAAGGAGAAAAGGCAACCCAUUAAGGCGGAAGGGAAGGGAAGGGAAGGGAAGGAAGAAAGGAAGGAAGAAAGGAAGGAAGGAAGAUGACCAUGAUGACCACCUCCAUGGGACAGGGCCAUCAAGAAGCUCAUAGGCCACCAUGCUUGCCCUUGACUCUAGCCUGCCACCCAGAGAAGCACUGACCUAGGAAGCUCUCAGAGGCACUUGAAUAAUAAUUUCUGUUCUCCUUUCUUUGAUAUUGCAGUUUAAAGCCUUUCCAGUUUAAAAAAGUACUUAGUUUAAACAAACAACUCUUAGGACAAGCAGGCCUCUGGUUAUCUAUUAUCUAUUUGGGCAUGUUUUUCUUUCUUUCUUCUUUUUUUAAAAAAAAAAUAUGUUCAUUUCUGGAACCUCUUCUCUCUUUCCCCUAACAAGGACUAAAAGCAUGUUGGUGCCCUUGCCCUCUAUGACUUCCCUUUUAUUAAAAAGCAAAAGGUCAGAUGACAACAGAAUCCUAUAGUGGGAUGAAGCAAAAUUAAGAAUUAAAAACUUACUGUUCCCAGUGGGUUUCUUUCCCAGGACAGCAAAAGGGUUCAACCUGAUUAUUUAAAGUGUCUUGUACAGUCCUUUCCUAUGUAAAUACAGAUGUGUGCACAGAUGUUUACUCUUUGUUCUCGAUUGAACAAUCCCAUUUCCUUACAUGCAAAGCCCUUUGAUUUUAAUUGUGCAUGAAGGCCUGGCAACUUGCUCAGGGCUACAUGCAUAAGUCAAAGGUGUUCAGAGUUGGUGUAUUUGCAGGAACAGUGCCCAAGUUGAAACAUGGUUUGCCAGACAUCUUGCAGGCACUUAAAGCCUGAAAUGUUUGUUGCUUCUAUAAACACACCUGUGGAUUUCCACCUUUUGACAGGCUAAAAUAGUAAGAUCCCUUUGCUUUUUUGCUUUUGUUUUUUUUUUAAACUCUGGAAGGACACCUGAUUCUUCACUACGAUAUCCCAAAUGCCCUUUACAAUGAAAAUUCCAAGAGGCUGGUUGAUGAUUCAUAAAAUUACCCAUACUAGAAAUGUAAACAUGAUCUGUAAUAAGGCCAAUGUUUUACCAUUUCCCCAUAUCUACAACAUUCAGAGAAGUCUCUGUCAGCAAAGGCCUCUACUAUUUCAAAGCCUAUUUGAGUGACUGGCUGAAAAGAGGUUAUCCCUUUUUUCCCCUGCCUCUCUCUCUCCUGACAGAACUUCGGCAUCUCUAACAACUGCUUAGUAAACAGAAAUUUAACAGUGAAGAUUUGACCUACUACACUAAUGUGUUAUUUGUCCCAGGGAGAAGCUGUAUCUAUUUAAUUUUUGACAGUGCCCCACUGUGAAAAACCUAGGGACCCUGUCAGGAAAGGAAGAGAAACCAAACCCAUACAACCACUUGCAGAGACCAUUGAUUCAACAGCUUUGGCAUUCAGGCUUGGGCAGACCACUAAAGCCGUUUAAUUUCUUUGUAAUUAUAAUUGUUGCUUUAAUUCUUUGUUAUGUUUCCAUGGAUGCUGCCAUAACAAAGUUGUUGUUUUUUCCCCAAUGCCCAUAACAAUGAAUGAAAGGCAAGGCCACAACAAGAAGGAACAGCUCCCAUUCUGAUUGUGGGACGAAUUCUUGAAAUAGCAGUUGGCAAGAAAUAUUGGCCCACCAUGAUCUAACUAGCCAAUAUAAGACAGUCCUGAAUAUAUUUCCCUUCCGAGAGAGGACUCUAAAGGACUUGAGGAUCUUGCUGGGGCUGACUGCAAGUACUUCCAAGCCAAGUACUGAUCAGAAACAUGGAGAAAAAAAGCUGGCUUCCUAGGAGCAGGAACAACAAACUCACAACUGUCCAGCAUCCAGAAAGGGUGCUACUGAUGGGAGAACCAGAAGGACACCCAUGAUGCACAAUACUCACAGCUAACACAGAUGAAAGGAAAUGAGAAAUCCUCCUGACAGGAUUGGCUAUUGCAUCCGAGUGACUGUGGUGGGUUUUGCUCCUUCACCACUAAUAUUCAACUAGGUUCAAAAACUACAUUGGAAAGCUAAUGAAUAUCUGGCAUUAGCAGGGAUAUGGGAAUUGGCAAGAAAAAACUGGGAUAUUUGGCCUCACUAUGAAAGCAGAAGGUAGAUGGGCAAAAUCCUCUCCUUAUAAGGAUGGAUGCAAACAUUUAUUUCUUCAGUAGGUAUACAUGUUUCAAGUCUGAUUAGUUGUUGGUUACUAUCAACAGAAAAAUUCAGCUCUAUCCAUUUGUCCCACAUCUUGAUAUCUGAUCCAAUUAUUUGUUAUUUCCAGAAAUUGUCACCUCUAAGUGCUCCAUCUGUCAUCUUCCCUGGGCUUUGGCAGCAGUGGUUUCAUAGCUAUUCUUCUAAGAGUUGAGGCUCAGCCUACCAUGAGCUUUCAUACAAACAAAUGGUUGAACUGAACUUUUGAUUGAAAUAUUUGCUACUGUGACAGCUGGAUCCAAGUACUUUCCCCGUUCCCAUCCUGCUUUAGGAAGAGGAUAAUAUGCCUAAAUUUACUAUCUCCACUGGGCUGGUAGCUGGUUGAAUUGUUUCUGUCCUCUUCUGUUCUAAGAAAGCCCUGAAGUAUUCUGCUGGCUCUAUAAUUAGUCAAAACCCUAAACCCUCCUUUCAAAUUCUAUAAUAGAUAAAAUGCUAGAGACCACUAAUGCUAAGUAAUGACAGUGUAGCUCUUUUAGGAAUUCUGUGCCAGCUUCUCCAACUUGGCAACUCUCAAAAGUGUUGGGACAGUGAUCCUCAAAACCCCCAGGGAAAAGCUCUUCUGUUAGGAUGGCAUCAAUGGCAUCAAGUAGGAGAAGGUUGGUCUACAUAAUAAAUCCAGAAAUUGUAUGAAUGGACUUCUCCGUCCCAAGUAUAUGAUGCAUGAAAAGAGUACAUAUCAAUGUGAUGGUGAAAGGAGGAAGAUUAUGUGUGCUGUUGGCAACUUGAGGCACUUUUUUGCCAGCCUCUGUGGUAACUUAUGCCCAAGCAAGAGAUUUGUAUGUGAUUUAGAUUUUCUGUCAGGUCUUCUAUGAGGAGUUGGGAAGAGUUAAAUCCAAUCCCCAUCAAUUAUUGCUAAACCACAAAGCCUCCUCAAGCCCUGAGGACAGAAUUUCUUCUCGAAUGAUAUCCAAAUGGUAGUCAGUGGUCUCUUUGGAAAAAUGGCCAGUGUUCCCAGUCGGGAUGACCUAAUAUUGUGAAAGAAUAAUUUGUCUUAGAAUUCCUUCAAAUGACCAAUCGCUGCCGUAAUUAUUCCUAUCUUUACUCUGGGCCUGACAUUUCCAGGGGAAGCUCAUUUAGAAAACCCCUUUGCCUUCCAUCAGUUAUGACUAGACUAGACUAGGCUAGGCUAGGCUAGGCUAGGCUAGGCUAGACUAGAGUAAACUAGACUAGAGUAGAGUAGACUAGAGGAACAGAAUGGUCUUUCUCAUAUAUGUCAUAUCUGCUAACGUCUGACAUUUGAUGGUGGAGGUUGACUUUGGUCCCCUUUUGAAUGAAACUGACCCUGCCUAAGGAUGGGUUGGAGCCUCUUUAUUUUCUAUAGGGCAAGGAUUCUUUAACAAAACCAUUUGUCUCCAUGCACACAUGGAGCUAGCAUUAAAGAAGAGAAGGUGAGGUAUAUACAUCUGCAGGUACAUCUGCCUAGAACAUAAAGUGGGAGGAAAUUCACUAGGCACAUAAGAAAAGUAAGUGAGGCAAAUUUACAGGUCAUGCUGGGUUUCUAUUACUUUACUAUAAUAUAUAUAUAUAAUUUUUGCUUAGCUCUUUCCAAAGUAUGAGUGUCCAGAAUCCUACUAUAUGACUGAAUUUCCUAAGUUUCCUAGAAAGAGAAAUAAUCGUUUAUUUAGAAAGAAAAAAUAUUGUUAAGUGUCAGCCUGAGAUACAAAUUCAUCCUAAAUUACCUAAGACGAAAGAAUGUAACUCAAAUGCUUCUUCCUUCCCUAGUUUUAAUUCAAACCAUGUUAUUUCCUUUUCCUCCUCACCCACCAUUCUUGAUAUGUAUCUGUUGUUUCCUGACACUUGAAAACAUUACCCUACCCAUAGAAAAUACCAGCUUUUCUUCCUCCAUAAACAGACUUGAGGAAGAUCACUGGUCUUCCUAUCCGUGAGACACAUAAGACAAAUUCUACUGUCAAGGGAAGUGACUGGGGAGGGGAUAAUUUCCCCAUAUAAUUGUUCCCUUGUCAGCCCCAAUGCAAUAUUUCUGCCACCGCUGUUUCAGAAGCUCAUCGAUUGCCUCCAAGGAUAGUCCCUUCAUCUUGCUAUUUGGCUGACUGAGAUAAGAAAGAGAAACCAACCCAAGUACAUUAGCUAGAGUAGAAUCUCCCUUGCAUCUGUAUUAUUUAAUCUUGACUUAAAUAGCCUGGGGAUAGGUCACCAUUGUAGACUUCAACCCAUAGAAGUCUUCACUGGAUUUCUUGCCCCAACUAAAAUCUCACUAGAAAUGCAACGGAGCUCUUUUUCUAAGCCAUCCCUGCAAGCUUUGAUUAUUCUAGGAAAGAUGAAUAUAGCAAAUUUGGGGAUAAUAUUCUUCCCCAUGAGGGCAGCUAUCAUGAGAAUUAACCUUUAUUCUUUCUCCACCUACUAAACUCCUUUACCUUCAAAUCCAGCCAUUUGGAAGAAGGUGAAAUUGCUUCAGGCAGUUGGUUCUGGGUAAAGAUCAUCUUUCUUUCCUGCAAAGGAGAGGUCUUUCUAGGUUUCCUGCCCAAGUUCCAAAAUAAUUUGAUCAGACCUGCCCUAAGUGGAGGAAAAGGGAAGCAAGUCACUUUGGCCAACAACCCUGCUGCUUUGAAUCCCAUCUUUAUCCUUGACCAAAGGGAGAAAGCUCCCCUGAUUAUUCCCCCUCCCCAACAAUAAAUGACCCUCCUCCCAUUAGAGGAGCAAAUCACAAUGAGAGGAGGUAAGAAAAAUGAUAAAAGACAAAGCAGUGGGGGAUGCUCCCUUCAGAAGUAUAAACAAUGGAAGUGCGAAGGAGGCUUUGGAGGCACCGAAGGUAGUAAAUUCUGAACUCCAAGAGCAUCAUCAGCCAGUUGGGAUUAGGAGCACACCUAGGCCUCUAACAGCCUUCUCCAACCUGAGGACUCUCCAGAUGUGUCUUAACACUCUCCAAAUCCUAAGCCACCCUGGCCAGACGUUAGAGUUUCAAGGCAUCUGGAAAGCACCAAGUCAGAGAAGGCUUCUCUAGAGAGUCACACUGCAGCUGAUAAUAUUCAAAAGCAGGCAGCUUCUAGAAUAGCCCAAACCUAUUUGCAGCCAGAGAUCCUUUGUCAGUGCUGUGGUGGACAGUUGUAUUUUGAAACCACUAGUUCAAAGAGGAGGACUGCACUAUUUCUCCACUUCAUCCCUCUCUCCUUCCUUCUUCCACUUUUAAUAGAGCCUAGAUAACUUCCGCAGUUAGCCAGUCACCCCAGUUCCCAGCUCCCUCCCCGCUUCUUGUUCGGAGCUGCUUGGCUAAUGCCCCAAAACUUGAGUCCUUUCAUUUCCAACCUUGCCCCCCCCCCCCCCUUUAAGCCCUUCCAAUGCAAUGAUUACACCCCACGAUAGCACAGUGAACAGAAAAAGAUUCCGAGAUUCCUGCCUGGUUUUGUUUUUGUUUUUCAUUACACCAUUUAUUCACUACACAUUUUACAGUAGCUUUUAAUAGCUUUACAUACAUACAUACAUACAGUACCUUAGUUCUGUGGCUGUUUUGUUUUUGUUUUCCUUUGCAGUAAACAAGAAUAUUCAUACUCUUACCAGUGGGGGGGAAAUGCAGUUUGUGAAAAAAAAAAAAGAAACUGACAAUGGAUGAGGAGUGUAAUGCUCUGUUUAGCAUUUUGUACUUAAAAAAAAAAAAGAAUCUCACAUUUUAUUAAAAGGUGAAGAUUGCUGUAUACUAUUUAUUCAACUUAUAAUUUAUGUUACUCUUUGAUCUUUGUCUUUUCUUAUGACAAAGCAUUUAUUUAAUAAAGUUAUGCAUUCAGUUAAGUCUGCGUGCAUGGCCUAAAACAA